AUCGAGUGUAAGUUUGAAACCAGGUAUUCUUUUUCCUGCAAGCUAAUGAAUUUGGGCGAAAAAGCGGUCUUGCCCUUAUUGCUGUCCAUCUCAACACUCGCCCCCCUCUACCCCCAAGUACCGUCUCUCUUUCUUUUCUUGAUUGUUGUCAUAUACUAAUCGUUUGGCAUGGAAACAAAGGUUCUUUCCACUGGAAUUCCCUACACUAACUUGCCAGAAAGUUAUGUGAGACCGGAAUCUGAGCGUCCCCGCUUGUCUGAAGUCUCGGAAUGCGAAAACGUCCCUGUCAUCGACUUGGGGUGUGAGGACAGAAGCCAUAUUACACAACAAAUUGCUCUGGCCUGCACGAACUAUGGAUUUUUUCAGGUUAUUAAUCACGAAGUUUCCAAAGAAGCAACGGAAAGAAUGUUCCAAGUGGCGCAUGACUUCUUCGGGCUGCCGGUGGAGGAGAAACUGAAGCUCUACUCAGAAGACCCUUCCAAGACAAUGAGACUUUCUACCAGUUUUAAUGUGAACAAGGAGAAGGUUCACAACUGGAGAGAUUAUCUACGACUGCACUGCUAUCCUCUCCACAAGUAUGUUCCCGAGUGGCCCUCUAACCCUUCUUCCUUCAAGGAAAUUGUGAGCCAUUAUUGUGUAGAAGUUCGAGAACUUGGGUAUAGGUUACAAGAAUUAAUAUCGGAGAGCUUAGGCCUGGAAAAAGAUUACAUAAAGAACGUUUUGGGGGAGCAAGGGCAGCAUAUGGCUGUGAACUAUUAUCCGCCAUGUCCGCAGCCAGAGCUGACCUAUGGAUUGCCAGGACAUACAGACCCCAAUGCUCUUACAAUUUUACUUCAAGACUUGCAAGUUGCCGGCCUUCAAGUACUCAAAGACGGCAAAUGGGUUGCUGUUAAUCCCCGCCCAAAUGCUUUUGUCAUUAACAUUGGUGACCAAUUACAGGCAUUGAGUAAUGGGAAGUACAAGAGCGUGUGGCAUCGAGCCAUUGUGAAUGCUGAUAAGCCAAGGAUGUCUGUUGCUUCCUUUCUCUGCCCAUAUGACCAUGCCUUGAUCAGCCCUGCAAAACAUCUUACAGAAGAUGGAUCUGGAGCCGUAUACAGGGACUUUACUUAUGCAGAAUAUUACAGUAAGUUUUGGAGCAGGAACCUGGACCAAGAACAUUGUUUGGAACUUUUCAAGAACUAACACCAGCUCACCGUCUGGUUGAUCUUCGGUGAAGUUUUGCUAAUGGCAAAGCGAAGCGGGUGCUGGAUGCCUUGCGCCCAUUCUGAUCAACUACCCUAGUUUCUCUGGAAGCAUAUGUGCAUACUCUUGCAUAGCGAAUAUAUAUGCACUCACUUGCAGGGUUGUGUAGAUUGCUCUUCUUUGUGUUGCCACUUGCUAAAUUUGGUGAAUAAAUAAAAUGUGUUGUUUCAGGGAAAACCGAAGAUAGAAUAGGAAGUGUAAAGUAGUAAUUACAUAAAUCCCACUUCAAUAAAGUUCGGGAUUUCGUGAUUAUUUAAUAGAUAGACAUUAUCUCAACUUCUCAACAGAUUCAGGAUCCAUAUACAGAACAAAUGAUUUGCCGGCCCUGGUAGUGUAGUUUCCACCAAGAUUGCUAGCCUCCACAUUCACCAAGUUACAAUGUAUCAUUUUUUUCUAACUGGACCUCGAGAUUGGAUUUCAUAA